AUGGCAUAUCGCAUUCUCGGAGGCCUCCUUUUGCUGCUGUUGGCCGGCUUGUUCAUAAGCAUCGACUGGGUAACGUACUCCGGGGUAGCUGCCGGCCUUUUCUUGGGAGUUGUCCAUGUUCCCGGCGAUGCCGGUAGACACUUCGCCUUCCGAUUCAAGCUUGCAAAGCUUGCAGUUUGCACCACCAUUGCACUUUUCUCUGCGUAUGUCGCGACUUACCCCUGGUUGCUGAUACCAGCCUUGGGCCCGGGGGUUCCCAAUUUACCGCGCCGCUGGGUGUACCUGGUCGCUCUGGCCAUGCUCUCAGCCACCUGGAUUGCUUGCAUUCUUUCAAAGCAUCCGCAUUCCACCUGCGCGAACGAUGCGCAAUGGUGUGUGCUUGGAUUCUGGCUUCUGGCCGUAUUGAGCCAGAUCACCCAAGCGUCCGGUGCAUAUCACCUCGGCAACGUGUUUCUCUUCUUUGAAGGAGUCGAAAGUAGUCUGGAAAGUGUCCUACUGGGCUGGGCUGUCUACUUCUUCCAGAACCGCGUGGACGAGAUCAGCUCUCAGCACGUGUUCACUGCUUGCCCUCACCUCUGGAUCGCCGCAGUCGGCUUUUCUGCCGUGAGCUUCGGAGCCGGCUUGCACGACUCUUACGCAGUCGGCGCCUUCGCCCUGGCGCUCUUCAUCGGAAUGUAUCUUGCCUACACCUUCACCAUCUGCAUGAUCUUGCUUCGCUCCCUCUGCCGGGUGCUUGGCGAGGCGAGGAGGGUGAGGGGACCUCCGAGGAAGCAGGCGAAUUGGGCCGGAAGAGUUCUCUUCGUGGAGCUGCUGAUCUGGGCGACGCUGGGGACGAUCUCAUGCUUCGCCUGGCUGCCUUGCGACAUCUUCUUGUUCCAGCUCAUGCUGCAUCCAGAGCUGCACGAACCCGGCCAUUUCAAGAACGUCAAGAUCAUGUCGAUUUCGAGCUGGGCCCGCUGUUCGGUCUGGGUUGUCAAUUGCCUGGGGCUAGCCGCGCUUUCAGGCAUUCUGUGGCAAGAGCAGCCGCCCGCCGAGGAGGAGAUGAGCGAGAUGAGCUCCCGCGCCCGUGCCCGAUCCCUGGUGUCCGCGUCAUCUCAUCUGAGUUCUGACGAGCAGGAGGUCUACCACGAGGUUGUGGGGCAGCUGGCGAACCGUGGCUUUCGCCUCAACUCCUUACUCGAUUUCUGGGAGCAGCUGCUCGAUGAGGACGGGAUGAUGAGGAGCUUCGAACCACGCCGCUCCUCGACGAACGACGUGGUGCGCCUGGCCAUCAUUCCCCAGUCUCGCUCCGGCGAUGGCGGGUGCGCCUUGGCGUCCCUCUGGUCGGAGGACCCCAUCAAGCCGCAAGUCAUGGUGACGCACAACUGGGCCAAUGGCUUCGGGAAGCUGGUUGCAGCCAUACUGGCGGAUUGUUUGGACCAUCGGAUCUACCAGGACGUGGGCUCCUUGAUUGUCACGGAGGCGGGCUUCGCUCAAGUCCGAGCGCAGCUCGCCAACAAGUUGGACACCAGCUACUGGGUCUGUGCUUUCUCCGUGAACCAGCAUGCGAGCAUCUGCGCCGGCUUCGGGCCCGAGCCACCUCCCAAAAGCCGGGCCUGGAAGGAAUGGAACAUGAAGAGGCAUGAUUCGGUCACAGGCAAGGUGUAUCCACUGUGCGACUGCAACGUGGAGAAGCAUGUCAGUCAUGGCGACGCGAGGUGUGAGCUGAAUAAGUUCGAUGACAUGAUGACGCACCUGGCCACGGAGGUCGCGAAUUUCAGGCAGCUCGUGGUCUUAGACGAUACCUUCGACGUCCUCUUUCGAGCGUGGUGCGUCGCGGAGAUCUUUGAGGCCAGUGCUUUGCAAAUGCAGGCGACCAUCCAGGUGUCAUCCCAAGAAGCCGUGGACCUCAACUACGACCGGCUCACCCUGCUGGACGUGCGCCAUUGCUCGGCCUCCUCCGAGGCUGACAAGGACAUGAUCCUGUCGAAGAUUGCAGAUGUGGAGGCCUUCAACCUUCAUCUGCAGGAGCUGGUCUUCAGCGCCGAGGUGGGCUUGUUCGCCGAGUGGGUCGAUGGCUACACGCGCUCGCGCCAGGUCGGGCGGAUCCUGCGAAGGUCGAAGAUCGGCCUUCAGAGCUCCGGGAGCUCCCUUCCCAACCGCGAGGAGAACCUGGGCUUCUGCCAGGGCUGCCUCUGGCCCUUCUCCAAGUCGCUGGCGGACAGCUCCGGGGAAUCCUCGGACGAGCUAAGCUCGUCGACCGCGGAUUCCGCCGCCAGCCCUUGUUGA